AGUUGUGCCGCUGAAGGUGCACCGUGCAGACUGAUGCGGGACGGACAGGAUGGACACAUGGACAAAUAUUUGGAGCGUGACUUCUAACACACAUGGAUGCAGCUGUCGGGGAAGAUCUGCAGACCUCCGUUAAUCCUGGCAUGUCCCAGAUGAGAGACUACAGUAAUGACUGUCAUCACUUUCACUGUCUCUGUGCUGUGCCUGCUGCCUCAGGCGGUGCUGGCACGGUGGGCGUGUGUUCGGGCGUGUCCAGCCUCCUGCACCUGCACUCAGGAGAAGAGCUGCAGCGUGCUGUGCGACCGCACCGGCAUGGCUGAGCUGCCCAAAGAGUUCCCCUGCGAGGCCUCGGCCAUCAACCUGGACAAGAACAAACUCAAGUUCCUGUCAGAGAGGGCCUUCGGCACCCUGCCCUCCCUCAAGUCUCUCUCUCUGGACCACAACAACAUCUCCUUCAUCACCCCCGGAGCCUUCAAGGGCCUCGCCAACUUAGUGGAGCUGAAGAUGGCGCACAACGAGUACAUCAGUUACCUUCACACACGGACAUUCACGGGACUGAAGAAGCUGGUGCGCCUGGACCUGUCAGACUGUAACCUCUUCAACAUCCCUGACCGCAUCUUCAUAGAGCAGACGGCGCUGAAGGAGCUGCUCUGCUUCCAGAACAACUUCAGGAGGAUCCCCGGAGCGUUCAGGGGCAUGGAGAACCUGACUCACAUCUACCUGGAGAGGAACAAGAUCGAGGCGGUGGCCUACAACUCCCUGCUGGGCCUGGGUAGUCUCAGGUACCUGAACCUCCAGGAGAACCGCAUCAACGUGAUCCAUGACCAGGCCUUCCAGGACCUCGUACGGCUGGAGAACUUCUACCUCAACGACAACCUGCUGUCUGAUCUGCCCCGGCUCGCCUUCAAGGGUCUCAUCCGCCUCAAGAUGCUCAACCUCGGGGGAAACCAGCUGACCAACGUGUCCAAGACGUGGUUCAGUGACCUGGUGGAGCUGGAGGUCCUGUACCUGGACAGGAACCAGCUGGUAAACAUCGAGGAGGGAACUUUUGAGAACCUGACCAGCCUGAUCACGCUCCACCUGAACAGCAACAACCUCACCACCCUCCCCUUCCCCGUUUUCCAGCCCAUCUACUUCCUGGGCCGCCUCUACCUCUUCAGGAACCCUUGGGAGUGCGACUGCUCCUUUGAGUGGAUGAAGGAGUGGAUGGAAAGCUACAAGCUGGUGCGGGACAUCCCCUGCGCCUCACCGUCCUCCGUGGCGGGGCUGGAUCUCAGCGAGGUGGUUUUCACCAAGGUGAACGGCACAUGCGUGGACCCUGGAGAGCUGAACUUGACCACAGCCUCGUCAGAGAUCAUCUCCACCACGGAGAACCGCUUCAACAGCCUCAUCUCCAAGCUGCUCCAGCAGGAGCUCAGAGAGGAGAUGGGGAAUGGUACAGAGAGCCUCCGCAACGGGACCCUGCUGGAGCCUGAGGAGGGGCAGCUCUCAGCAGGGGUCGGAGGGCAACGGGCCGAGGCGAGCCAAUCAUAUCUCUGCUUCACUGCAGUGUGGCUCAUCUUUGGUUUGAUUGGCCAGUUAGAUAUUAAUUACUGUCUUUCUUGCACAUGAGAAGAGUGGAAAUGGACAUGGGGUUUGCUUCCUGACCCUCAGAAACAACAAGGAGUAGCUUUUUUGAAAUUGCCGAUGAGAUAAAAGAUGUUUUCAUUUCUCUAUGAAAGCACGGAGGAAUACGCUUCCUCUCAGGUGUGGUUGCUGGUGUGAGUCUGCCCUGCCAAACCUAGGAUUUGGGGAUUAUUUCAUGUGAAAUGCAGGCAUGGGAAAGUGACUAUUCUCAGCUAUCUUCAGAGGAAAGACUGACAUUGACAUGGCGGCAUCUAUGAGCUGGUUCUAUACAAUAAUCUAUGAUAUUUAUAGAUUACAUAACUGAUGCAAAUCUGUCCUCCUGGUUCAUAAACAGCUGUACAGUUGCAGGAUUUCUACGAUCACAGACGCGGGUGUUGAUUUCAAACGACUGUGGCAACAUGCUCAUAUAUGUAAACCUAUACUUUCUGUUGCAUAAUGCUCAAUUUUAAUUAAUAUUAUAUAAUAUUCGUAGCAUUACGUAGUCUGUUACGAGUGUUUUUUUGUAUCUCCAUUCACAUCUAUGUGUAAAGUUAAAGGAGAUAAGAGCUCCCGCAGUUAUCUCCUAAACAGAUGUCCCCUCUGCUCGUUUCUGUUCAUUCAGCUCUGCAGCUUUUCCAUAAAUGCAUUAAUCUUCUUAUUGCAUGCGGCUCAGUGUCGUCGCUGCUUCUGUGUGCUACGGCGUAAUGGAGGGACUUUGUCGUUGCUUUUGCCUCCUGUGCAUGCACUGUUUUCCCCAUAUGGAGGUGACCUCUCUGUAUAUGGGGGUGUGACUGCCAUAUGUCAGGCUGUGGACGAGGGAGGGAGUAGUGUCAAAGCGUUUCACUUCUCUGUGCAAUAAGAAAGCUUUCAGGUGUAUCACAAUCUGCAACAUGUUCUGCAUAUUUCAGAGUUUCUCUGUAUAAACUGAUGUGUUCUGUGUAGCUGAUAAAGAUCAUCCCUGUUCUAACACCAACCACUGCUUUCGUCUUACCCUGGUGAAUGUACGUAGUUUGGUUCAGACAGCCGGUGAUCCAGUUCAGUGGUAUUAUUAGACAAACUGCUCUGUC